GCUGUUUCCGGUCACACCCGGAAGCACGAGUCCUCACUGCAGCUGGGACGACUUGGCAGUGUGGGUUUUGUAACAGUGCUCGCCUUGUCACUCGGCUGCCAACAUGUCCAGCAGGAACAACAACAAGCUGCCCAGCAACCUGCCGCAGCUACAAAAUCUGAUCAAGCGGGACCCGCCAGCCUACAUCGAGGAGUUUCUGCAGCAGUAUAAUCACUACAAAUCCAAUGUGGAGAUUUUCACAAUACAACCAAAUAAACCCAGCAAAGAACUUGCAGAACUGGUGAUGUUCAUGGCACAGAUUGCUCAGUGCUACCCAGAACACCUCAGUACUUUUCCUCAAGAGCUGAAGGAUCUUCUUUCCUACAAUCACACUGUCUUAGAUCCAGAUCUUCGAAUGACAUUUUGCAAAGCUUUGAUCUUACUGAGAAAUAAGAACCUCAUCAACCCAUCAAGUUUGCUGGAACUCUUCUUCGAACUUCUGCGUUGCCAUGAUAAACUUCUACGAAAGACUUUAUAUACACAUAUCGUGACUGAUAUCAAGAAUAUAAAUGCAAAGCACAAGAACAAUAAAGUGAAUAUAGUGUUGCAGAAUUUCAUGUACACCAUGCUGAGAGACAGCAAUGCCACUGCGGCCAAGAUCUCUUUGGAUGUGAUGAUCGAACUCUACAGAAGAAACAUCUGGAAUGAUGCCAAAACUGUCAAUGUUAUCACAACUGCAUGUUUCUCUAAGGUCACCAAGAUAUUAGUUGCUGCUUUGACAUUCUUCCUUGGGAAAGAUGAAGAUGAGAAACAAGACAGCGACUCAGAAUCUGAGGAUGAAGGACCAACUGCAAGAGACCUGCUGGUGCAAUACGCCACAGGGAAGAAAAGCUCCAAAAACAAGAAGAAGUUGGAAAAGGCAAUGAAAGUGCUCAAGAAACAAAAGAAGAAGAAAAAACCGGAGGUGUUUAACUUUUCAGCUAUUCACUUGAUUCAUGAUCCCCAAGAUUUUGCAGAAAAACUACUAAAGCAGCUGGAGAGCUCUAAGGAGAGGUUUGAAGUGAAAAUGAUGCUCAUGAACCUCAUCUCCAGAUUGGUGGGAAUUCAUGAGCUUUUCCUCUUCAACUUCUAUCCCUUUGUACAAAGGUUUCUGCAGCCCCACCAAAGAGAAGUAACAAAGAUCCUUCUGUUUGCUGCCCAAGCCUCACAUCACCUGGUACCACCAGAGAUCAUUCACUCACUGCUCAUGACUGUGGCCAACAAUUUUGUCACCGACAAGAACUCCGGGGAAGUCAUGACAGUGGGAAUCAAUGCUAUAAAAGAAAUAACAGCUCGAUGUCCUCUAGCCAUGACUGAAGAACUUCUCCAAGACCUGGCUCAGUAUAAAACACACAAAGAUAAGAAUGUAAUGAUGUCUGCUAGAACUCUGAUUCAUUCACUGAAUCCUCAGAUGUUGCAGAAGAAAUUUCGAGGAAAGCCUACAGAGGCUUCCAGAGAAGCCAGAGUGCAAGAAUAUGGAGAAUUGGAUGCUAAAGAUUACAUUCCAGGAGCAGAAGUUCUGGAAGUCGAGAAAGAAGAGAAUGCUGAAAACGGUGAAGAUGGAUGGGAAAGUACCAGUCUCAGUGAGGAGGAGGAUGACGACGGCGAGUGGGUUGAUGUGCACCACUCCUCCGACGAAGAACAGCAAGAAAUUGCCAAGAAGCUGAGCAGCAUGCCCAUGGAGGAGCGGAAAGCCAAGGCUGCAGCCAUCAGCACCAGUCGAGUUUUAACACAGGAAGACUUCCAGAAAAUCCGCCUGGCCCAGAUGAGGAAAGAACUUGAUGCUGCCCCCGGGAAAGCCCAAAAGAGGAAAUAUAUUGAAAUCGACAGUGACGAGGAGCCCAGGGGCGAGUUACUUUCUCUUCGGGACAUUGAACGCCUUCAUAAAAAGCCCAAAUCUGACAAGGAGACAAGACUGGCCACUGCCAUGGCUGGUAAGACAGACCGAAAGGAGUUUGUAAGGAAGAAAACGAAAAUGAAUCCAUUCUCCAGUUCCACAAAUAAAGAGAAGAAAAAGCAGAAGAACUUUAUGAUGAUGCGGUAUAGCCAGAAUGUCCGGUCCAAAAAUAAGCGUUCUUUCCGAGAAAAGCAGCUGGCGCUACGAGAUGCACUUCUGAAGAAGAGGAAAAGGAUGAAGUAACCUGAAGCAAGUUUCCCAUUCCAAGGAGAACGCUAAGUUUGAGUCUUUGCUCUAGGAAUUAGUAAACUGAGGACUGCUUGCUUACAUUUGUGAGUUCAGGAGCACUAUGUUGUGAAAACUCCAGUAAACCUGGUAGCAGUUUGGUGUUUCUGUUUGGAUAUGGGUCGUGGGGAUGUAAAUAACGGUGCUAUAAAAUCGUUUUCAUUUAGCAUUCAUGUGAAAAGUUAUUGAGUGCCUACUAAUUCUCACUGUAGAGAGAAAAAUGAAUGCGCCCUACCCACUCCACACGGCAUUCAGAGUGGGGGGGCGGGUGUACAUAUGUGUGUUUACAGUGCAGUGUAAAUAGUGCUCUGUAGGGGUAGGUCCAUGUUUCUGUGGCGUCACGGAAGCCUUGUGGACUAACUCUGCGGGGACAGGAGUUAUAUAUUCUCUGAAAACAAAACAGGACAAUGUUACAAGAGUAAGAGGUUCUUACUUGUAAAUAGGCUUGCCUGCGAACGCAGGUCCCUGCUAUACAGAUCGUGGGCGGGCAGCUUGUUCGGUCAGUCCAAUAGCAUUUUGUUUUGAAUAUGGCUUUCUGGUUAAGAUCGCACUUUUUAAGUUGCCUUAAGUAUAAAUAGUGACUCUGGAAUGUCCGUAGAUCCUUUUUUGAGCUGCCCACCCUUGAAGCCUGUUUCCUCAACCUGCCUUAAGCAUUCCCAGUCCGCGUUUGCCUCUCUCAGGAGAAGGUGUGUAACGUCAGGUGGGUGCUGUGUGGGGGGCGGUUUGGGUGGUCCCCGGGUGUGCUCCAGUCAGUUUCAGGGGAUGAAGCUUUUGCAUUUGGAAAUAGUUGGGUGCCUUUUGCAUCAGAUUUCUGAGAUGAUACUGUGUAGAUGAGAUGUUCUCUUACUGAUGAAGUAAAGAGCAGUUUCUUGUCUACUCGGAAUUAAAAGCAGCUCCUAAAAUCACUUUUCUUAUUCCCUUUCCAGUUUUUCUGUUUUCUUUGCUCUCAGUUUCAGCAGUACUUGAAUGAAACUUCUUGACUAUCCCCAGGGUGCCCAGAUCACUGUUUGGGGAUUACUCAGACUGUCAGUCCCCAGCAACUCUAAUGCUUCACAGGAAGUCUCCAAUGCAAAUUUAUGUAUUACAGACCUGAAUCUGCUCCCCCACCUUUUUUUAUAUUUGUAAAUAUUUUUUCUUUGAACAAAAUCCCAGGGAUACAGAGAGAAAAACAAGCACCUCCCACAGGGUCACGCGGUGAGGUCCUCUUCAGCUUUCCCAGCAGCCAGAAUCACAGGCACGUGCGCCCCAGGUAUAUACAGGUCAACCCAGAACGAGACCCCCUGGUCCCUGUGGCUUCCAGCAUCACAGAGUCUCGUGCUGCCCUCUGCUUCUGCUGCCCUGGGCCGUGGGCCCUCUUUUGCAUCUUGAACUGGGUGUGUCUCAAUGUGUCUGGAUCUAGACAGUGAAUAAAAUUCAAAAUGGUAUGACAGGAUUUAUGGCUUCACUGCAAACUGGGUGGUGCUUGGAAGCUCUCUCCUUCCCUGAGGCCUCCACCCUGUAGCUGUCAGGAAGCCACAGUCCAUUCUGUGUUCCGACUCCCCUCUUUCUCCUGUGGCCUUAGCAUGUGCUUAACUAGCCCGAGGCUUGUAUGCAAAUCAGACACCUGGUUUAAAGAGGCACAUUCUAAACUUACUUCUUUAACCCCACACUAUCUUACUCUUUUCUGAUUUCCUUUUAUUAUUUUAUAAGUCAUCUCUUGGGAAUGCGUUCCUUUUUUGUUUUGCUUUUUAUCAGUUUGAAGAUCAGCUUCUCACCGUGUUGACGGCCCCAGUAGAGACUAAGUGACCUUGAAGGGUGACUUUCAUUUCGAAGAGGUCAUUAGUAUCUCAACUUGAAAUUCUCAGUCUCAAAUUUUUGUCAGCCUUGAGAAUUGACCCGUUUCAGGAAUGCACUCACUCUGCCAGAAGUCAAUGUGUAACAGCGGUAGAAAUCUGCGGCCGGUUUGUUAUCUGUGUGAUCUUAGCAAGUUCCCCCUGUAAAUAAGCCUCACAUGAGACCAGGAUUUUGUCUGCUCUCUGCUGGACUCUUGCUGCUCGUUCAGUGUCUGAUAGGGAGGCGCUCGGCAAAUAUCUGAACACACAUUUAAUCCCUGUAGUUCUCUGCCUGUAAAUGUCGUACUGUCUACCUCCUUGACUAGUUUGAGAAAUAAUGUCUGUAAGCACUUAGUAUGUUUUUGGCUACAAAGUUUUCAGUAAACUUGUCAUCAAAGAUUA